CAAAUUGGGCGGGGUUAAUCAUUGUAAACAGUAAUAAAAAGUUGCACUUGCCGGGAAACUUAACAAUUUGAGCAGCCUUGGCGGAAAACGUGCAUGCGUGAUUCGUUGACCGUCGUUACAUACUGGAUAUAUUUAAAUAACGACUAACGAAGGUUUGUCUUCUAAGCUUUGGUCAUAUUUUACCUUCCAGGUUCAGUCAACAUGCUGCCCAGUUAUUCUCCCUCGCAUGACUGGCUUAACGAGUCGGAGCCGCUGCUCUUUGACGAUGAGUUUUGUCAAAGUCUCAUUAAGGACUUACAGUCCAUUCCCACGCCGCCCCAGUCUCCCCCUUUGAAGACCGGAUUGGGAAAGCCCCUGUCGAAUGUGGAUCAGCUGGAAUUAGUGUCCGAACUUUUACUCGAGGACAACGACCUUUUCCACUUGAAUUGGAAUGGUGAUUUUACUAGUGGCAACGUUGGCCAUGCGAGCUCAAGCAACUCCGUUUCUGACGACUGCAUGUGGCAUUGUGCUGCUGAGAAAUCGAUCGAGGGUAAAUUGUCCGUACUCUCCACUAGCCCCCUUCUCUCCGACAUUGACACCGAAAUCUUUGCCGAAAUUGCCGGUUCUACGUUGGACUGCCACAAUGCGGCGCUAGCAUGUCAGCUUCUUGAUGGCGAGGACUUGCUGCUGGACAGUCCAGAGCAGAGCGAGUCAUCUUCCGAUUACGGUUCACUCUCGGCUGGCGGGGAAUCUUCUGCAAGCGAUUCUGAGGAGGAGAUUGAUGUGGUGACGGUUCGGCGUUGCAGCACUCUGACCCGCUCGCAACAGCAAGAGGAGAGCCGGCGAGAGCAGCAGCGUGCGCUGAAGCGCUGCCACCUCGAGAUCCAACAGCAGCACAACUACGCUGCUCCUCGCCCCGCCUCCCCCCCGCCCCCCUCACCAUCACACAAGCGGGUCCGGGGAGGCGCAGAGUCUGGCCGGGUUGCACAGCACACCAGCCGCUCCCGGAGCUUUGCCUCGCGCCACAGCGCUGACACAGAGGACGAGGAGGAGCGACGGAGGACCCACAACGUAAUGGAGAGGCAGAGGCGCAAUGAGCUGAAAAACUGCUUCCUGCGCCUCCGUGACAAUGUCCCUGAACUGUCCAACAAUGACAAGGCCUCCAAGGUGGUGAUUCUAAAACGGGCAAAAGAGAGCAUCCGGAACCUGGAGUCCGAAGACCAGAGACUGCGUCUAAAGCGAGAUAAGCUGAGAGACAGGCAGGAGCUACUUAAGGCCAGACUGGAGCAGCUGAAGAGACAUUGACUGUAGCAGGUGGUUCUGGGACUGGAGGCAGCCUGUAUGCUGGCUGAUUGAGCAGUUCAAGCAUGUAGGCUGGGUGACAGUGAUGCAGUGCACAAGCAUUGCACCACUUUUGACUGAUUGUUUAUCUCUAAGGAGAUGGCUAGAAUGUUUUUUCCACCUUUUGGAAACUUGCAUGUUUAAUGCAGAGUUGUUCUCAAAUUAGUCUUUUGGAGUUAUCUUUAGUCUUAAUGAAAGCUGUAUUUUAUAUACUAUAUGUUUAGCUGAUGAAAUUGCCCAUCUACAUCAUUAGUUUGGAAAAAUUUGUGUCCCUUGAUAAACAUUUUCCCUUUGUAAAUGAUCUACUGUUAUACUAUUUUGGGCUGGAUCCAAAAAUGUAGUUAUAUUUCUGGGGAAGAAUGUUAUGUCUGAGUUACUUUCUUUACUAAGGGAAAGAUCAUGUUGCCACUUGUUAGAAUCUGAUCUAGGCAUAUUUAAACUGGAAAGACAAGGCCAGUUGGAUGAAAUUUGAGCAAGGCUUAUCCUGUUUAGUUUGAAGUGUUAAAAAGGAGUGUGUGUACUUGAAUUCCACUCUUUUGUCUUUUCAAUAUUGUAAUUUUUUCCUUUAUCUACCUCCACCAAAAAACUAGAAAUUUUAUUGCCUUCAUAAUGGCAAAUGUACAGAAUCAUUCUGCUUUUUUGUUUGUAAAUAUUUGUUAAUUAUUGUAUUAUAACUUAUUUAGCCUUUUUUUUUCUUGGAUAUUUUGCAUUUUUUAGCACUUUGUUUUAUACAAUUAUAAAAAGUGAAAAUGCAUGUAAUGUCUAAGUCCGUUAUUUCCUUCGCAUUGUUUACUUGCACACUUACUGAUUAUAUUUGGACAGGUAGAAUAUUGUACCUCAAACAAAAUGUAUGGUCCUGUGGUUAGCUGUCAUUCUGAUGGUUUAAAAGCUCUCCCAAGUUAAACUAAUAGUGAUUGGCUUAUUUUAGUUGAGUACCGGACUCACAUGCUCCUUAAAUAUUCCCUCCAUAAAAUAAAUGCCAUAGCUGGGCUUUCUGUGGUAAGGUUUCCACAACUGGUAAUGCUUAGAAUAAGUAGAUAAUAAAAGGAUGCGGUUAUGGUGUCUACCCUUCCAUACACACUCCACUAAAGUCAUGCAAAAUGUAAAUACCUGAUGCAUUGUAUAAAAAGCUUGUGUUCUUUCCAGUCAACCUGGACAUUCUUGCCCCAGUAAAGGUACUGCCAAGUAUGCCAGCUUC